AUGUCUUUCACUAACGUAUUCCGAACCCUAGCCUCUCGCCCCAGGUCCUCGACCAAAGGCCCCCUCGACGCAGAUGACAUCCCGGCCCCCCUAACAUCCCCCAUCCCAUCCCAAGCAGCCCGUUUCACCAGCACCCAGGCCGCCGGAAGUCCAAGGAGCAGCCUGAACCUCUCCCGUGCAUCCCCCGCCCCACGGUCUCCCGGCCCGCGCUCUCCCGCCUUACGCGCCACCACCCCCAUCACAACAAAAGACUUCUCCUUCCUCCUGCGCCCGGAAAUCUUCCACCAGCUCUCUCCCCUCUCCAUCCCCGCCCCCUUCCGGAACCCCGCUCGCCAGCCCGCCCCAGAAACCCCUAUCCCGAAACUCCUCCAGCAAGGCCACUUCCGCGCGGCCGCCAUCGCCGCCGUCCAGGCCCUUACUUCUAGCCCCGUGAGCGCCGUCGCUGCGGCGGCUCACCCACCCGUCGACCCGGCGGACCAUGCGCGCGUGUUCGAGCUGCUGUACACGCGCCUCGCGUGUCUGUGUCUCAUCGACGCCACGUCCCUCGCCGCGCAGGAGUCCAAGGCCCUCGAGGACUUGAACUCGGCGUUUUACCUGGACCCGCUUACGGGCGCGCACUUGGUUCCCUGGGAAUUAAGGGUUUUGGGGGUGAGGCUUCAGGCUAUUGGGUUUGGGGACCCGAGACGCGCGGUGAUGAGUUAUUAUGAGUUGGCAAGGGAGGCGAGGAUGCAGGCUGCGAAGGCGGCGAAGUUAGGGGAUGAGGGGAGGGUUGAGGGGAGGGUUUGGAGGGAGAGGUUGGAGGAGCUGGGGGUUAAGGUUGCGGGGGCGCUGGUUGAGAUGGAUGACUUGGCUGGGGCGGCGGAGCAUUUGGGGACGCUUGGGGAUGGGGAUGGUGAGGGGAGGGGGAGGUUGGGUAUGAGUCGGGCGCUUUUGUGGUUGCAUUUGGGGGAUGUGGAGGCGGCGAGACGAUGUGUGAGGAGUGUGGAGGAUGGGGGUAGUUCGACGAGUGAGCGGGUUGUGGGUGCGCUUGCUGAUAUGGCGGAUGGAGAAUAUCAGACUGCGCUGGAGGAGUGGCUGGCGCUGAAGGAGACUAUGGCUGAGAAUGGAGAGCAUGAUGAGAUGGUCGGCGUGAAUCUGGCUGUCUGUCUUCUCUACACGGGGAAAAUGGCUGAGGCCAAGGAUGUUCUGGAAGGUUUGGUUGAGGCAGGCGAUACGUCUCAUACGCUUCUCUUCAAUCUAACGACCAUGUACGAACUCUGCACCGACCGACACAAGAACAUCAAGAUGAAGCUGGCGGAACGGGUAGCUGCUAAGCAGCCUUCGCAAAAGGGAUGGGAGAAGACGAACGCGGAUUUCAAGUUGUAG